CCUCAGUGCAACGCCAGCCAGCAAAGCGAUCGGUUCAGUUCGGCCGGAAAUCCAGAGUCUGCAUCAAGAAGAAACAUAAUCCGAAACUAUGGACAGCAAGCAGCCUCCACCGUACAGUGAACAGUCCGGAUACACUCCCGCACAAACCUAUCAGCCCGGUGGCCCCACCCAGCCACCACUGUACCCACCGAUGCCGCAGCCACCGCAGUCCUCAACGGUGAUCAUCCAGACCACCACAACCUCCAACCUGGUGCCCAUCGGCAGUGGACCCACCCGCAUCCGCUGUCCCUCCUGUCACGCCGAAGUACUGACCACCGUGAAGUCCACUCCUUCCGGCAGGACGCACUGCUGGGCCCUCAUCCUGUGCCUGUUCAUCUGCUGGCCGUGCGUAUGCCUACCUUACUGCAUGGACUCCUGCCAGAAUGCCAACCACUACUGCCCCAACUGCAGCGCCUACAUCGGCACCUACGAGAACUAACUAACUAACGCCUAUUUAUGCAUACAAACGUAUAUACCUAUAGAGAACCCUAAGCACUAGCGUCAUAACCGAGAAAAAUUGAACUGUAAAUACACAUGUACGAACGCCACACAUUAAACUCAUGAGACUCACACAGGAAACAGAAAUGCGACAAGAUAUCUUGGGACAAGGCACUCUUUCCGCUAAAUGGAUUAUGAAGUAAUUUAAUAUUUUCAGAAAUGUCUAUGAUAAUGUUGACAUUAUUUAGUAUUUUCCACUACAUUUUGUACUGGUACUAAACAAUUUCGAUCGAUCAUUACGAGAAACCAACGCCAACAUUUUAAUGACCAUUUUAAAACAAUCUUUUUACUUUUUACUAUCGCUUAAAAACCGUAAUCAGUAAAAUGGAUCAUAAAUAUCAUAAAUAGCUAAGACUAUAUCAAUUGUUGUCUAGGAAACAUAAACCCUUCUGGCACCUACUCAAGCCAACAACUGGAAAUGGCCAAAUGGCACAGAGCUACUGGAACCGAAUGUCAAUCGAUUAGGUACUGCACUGGCCGACUCCUCUUGUACCCCUCCAUAUCGUCAUAGUCAUAGUAGGUUUCACCUAAAAAGUACUUGUCGAUUAGUCAGAAAAGAUAACGAUUGCGAUAGAGCAAUGUUGUCAUUAAAUGGCGGGCUAUUUCAGUGCAUGCCCCGCCGCAAACAUGAGCAGCACAUGGAUGGGCAGAGCUCCAGAACCGGCCGACACGGAAAUGGUGACCGUAACCACGCAGCCAAACUAUGGGGUGGUGGUGACCCAGAUACCCGUCUACACCCUGAACGGAGUGGGGCCGGGCGCACAUCCACUGGCUGUGGGCUGCAAGCCGAUGAGGGUGAGGUGUCCGUCCUGCAGGGGCGAGGUCACCACCAGUCUGGCCACGUCCCCCACCCGCAAGACCCACAUGUGCGCUCUGACCUUGUAUAUCUGCUGCUGCUGGCCCUUCAUCUGCCUUCCCUACUUCAUCAACUACUGCAAGAGUGUCCAGCACUACUGUCCCAACUGUGGAUGCCACAUUGGGAGCUAUAGCAUUUGAUCAAGUGCUGUGUCUCCGCACUGCCAAAAAUGCCUUCCAUGUCAAGACUUAAUCAAGAUUAGCCAUAUAUGUAUACAGAUACAUAAAAUAAUAACGUUUUAAAUUUAAGUUCUUUUUGUUAAUGACGGAUGGUUUCUACUACUCUCACUGCACAUAUGAAGUAAUCUUUUCUGGUCCAUAAUUUCCUCACCUAGUGUGCCAGUAGAUAGAUUUUAUAUUCGUAUUAGGAUAAAUACCCAGAAUAUGAGGAAAGCGAAUCAAUUGAAUACCGAUACCGAUAAGGCAGUUCUGAGUUUAAUGAAACUGUCAUCGAUAUACAUAUACGGAAGCUUUCAGUAUUAUAUCAGUGCUCGUUCGCAGCUGUAAGCAACUGGUUGAUAUUUUUAGUGUGAUUUGAAGAGUAUAGAAAAGCAUGCGUUGCUACAAGCGCGUAGACUCCCCGCCGCCCUACUCGGAUCCAUUCGCCACCGCUCCUCCAGCGGAGGACGUCAUGCAGCAGAACCUGGCGUCGCCCGCACAUCCCAAUCCGGUGAUACCCGUGAUGGCCCAAACCAUGCCGGUGUUGCAGCCCGUAAGCGUGAUGCAUCACCAGACGACAGUGCUGGUGGACAAUACCCGCCAGGGAACGAUCUGUCCCCACUGCAACGCUCGGAUUCGCCUUCGCGUGGAGCACCAUCCUACCGGAUCAACUUACUGUAUGGCGGCGUUGCUCUGCCUAUUCCUAUGCUGGCCCUGCGUCUGCGCCCCUUGCUGCUGCAACUGUUGCUACAAGACCUCCCAGUACUGUCCCAACUGCAACUCCUGCUUGGGUUCGUUUUGAAGACGCAGCGAAAACACUCGCCGAUUUCAUAUCAUUUCAUUUUAUAUAUAUGUAUAUAUAUAUACAUAACCAACUAUACAUACAUAUAUGUAUGUAUGUUCAUAUCUCCUUAUGUAUCGACGGCGUCAAUGUGGUGUCUUCAUCACUUAACAUACAUAAAAAUAUGUUUGCUUAGUGAGCAAAAUAAGCUGACAGCGAAAAAAUAAACAAAUAGAUUUUGAAGC